GGGAUGGUGGGGGGCACCUCGUGUUCACAAGGACCACCCCCUCCACAUCCCUUGGGGCAGCUUCCACGAAGGUGGGAAUUUCAGGCUUUCUCUCGUCUGCUGUUGGGAGGCCUUCCAGAGAGGCCAGCUAGAGGACGCCGAUUGUGGCGACUCCUCGGAGCCCCGGCGAAUGGCACCAACCCAUCAGGUGCUACAGCAGGCCCCAGUUUGGAGAAAAAUCACAGCCAGAAGGGUACAACAGUGCUCCUGCGGGAAGAAGUGUCCCGGCUCCAGGAGGAAGUCCACCUCCUCCGGCAGAUGAAGGAGAUGCUGGCCAAGGACCUGGAGGAGUCACAGGGCGGCAAGUCCUCCGAGGUCCUCUCGGCCACCGAGCUCCGGGUGCAGCUGGCCCAGAAGGAGCAGGAACUGGCUAGAGCCAAGGAGGCUUUGCAGGCCAUGAAAGCCGACCGGAAGCGCUUGAAGGGUGAGAAGACAGACCUGGUGAGCCAGAUGCAGCAGCUGUAUGCGACGCUGGAGAGCCGGGAGGAACAGCUGCGCGACUUCAUUCGCAACUAUGAGCAGCACCGCAAGGAGAGCGAGGACGCAGUCAAGGCCCUGGCCAAGGAGAAAGACUUGCUGGAGCGUGAGAAGUGGGAGCUGCGGCGCCAGGCCAAGGAGGCCACGGACCACGCCACGGCCCUGCGCUCCCAGCUGGACCUCAAAGACAACCGGAUGAAGGAGCUGGAGGCCGAGCUGGCCAUGGCCAAGCAGUCGCUAGCCACACUGACCAAGGACGUGCCCAAGCGACAUUCCCUCGCCAUGCCGGGCGACACGGUGCUCAACGGCAACCAGGAGUGGGUGGUGCAGGCGGACCUCCCGCUGACCGCCGCCAUCCGGCAGAGCCAGCAGACCCUCUACCACUCCCACCCCCCCCACCCUGCAGACCGGCAAGCGGUCAGGGUGAGCCCCUGCCACUCCCGACAGCCCUCUGUCAUCUCCGACGCAUCGGCCGCCGAGGGUGACCGGUCAUCCACGCCGAGCGACAUCAACUCCCCGCGACACCGGACGCACUCCCUCUGCAACGGCGACAGUCCCGGCCCGGUUCAGAAGAACCUGCACAACCCUAUUGUACAGGGCAGAGAACAGAGGGCACCAGCUUGUGGGGACCCGCGCCUCACGUGGGCCUCGGAAGCCAGCAGCAGCGCCCCCAAGAGCGGCACAGAGAGGCUCCCUGACGAGAUGCACAGCCAGGAAGGGGCAGAGGAGGGGGCCAAGCCCACGGAAGUCCGAGUUCUGAGCAGGAGGUCCACCCGGCUCCUCGUACCCGCAGCCGACGACCGUUCUGCCCAGUGUGGGGUGGACCUGUGGGCCUUGCCUGGGGCCUGUGGUGUUCCAGGGAGCCUGGACCAAGCCAAGCUGUGUGGGGUGCACGUGUGGACCCCACUUGGCCUCUGGCGUUCUCAGAGCCUGGACUCCAUGGAUAACCUGAGUUGUGAAGCCAGCCCCCCGCAGUCUGACCUGCUUGUCUGCCGUUUCUGGGACACCCUUUCUCUCCCCACAGUUUGCUCCUGGAAUCUACCCCCCAUCCUCCAGCGCUGCCCUGACGUCUCCCUUCUCCACCUUCCCUGCCCCUUUAGCUCCCUGACUUGGGGUGAUGUCACCAAGCACUGCGGGGUCCGGCAGCGACAGGGGCUCGACAACCAGGAGGACAGACUGGUGACCUCCCCAGGGGGUGUCCUGUUCCGGUGCCUGUGGCUGAUCUCAGUGGGACUUGGAGUCCUGGGCCUGAUCGAAAAGACUUCCCUGCAAGCCAAGCAUCCCUCGGGACCCUGCACCAGUGCUGGGCUUAGGCCUGUGCCCCCUGGCCGGGUGGCCUUCUCACUAAGUGGAGACCCGGGACCCCGGUGGGGCUGCAGACUCAGCUGCUGCUGUGUCCAGAUCUCCGGGUGCCAUGGCAACACAGAUGCUCAGACUGACUCGGACAGCCAGAGCAGCCCGACGCGGCAGAGCCUCAGCCUGUCUGAGGGCGAGGAGCAGAUGGACCGGCUGCAGCAGGUGGAGCUGGUCAGGACCACGCCCAUGUCCCACUGGAAGGCGGGGGCCGUGCAGGCCUGGCUGGAGGUGGUCAUGGCCAUGCCCAUGUACGUCAAGGCCUGCGCGGAGAACGUCAAGAGUGGGAAGGUGCUGCUGAGCUUGAGUGACGAGGACCUGCAGCUGGGCCUGGGCGUGUGCAGCUCCCUGCACCGGCGCAAGCUGCGCCUGGCCAUCGAGGAUUACCGCGACGCCGAGGCAGGCAGGAGCCUAUCCAGAGCGGCUGACCUGGACCAUCACUGGGUGGCCAAGGCCUGGCUGAACGACAUCGGCCUGUCCCAGUACUCCCAGGCCUUCCAGAACCACCUGGUUGAUGGGCGGAUGCUGAACUCCCUGAUGAAGCGGGACCUGGAGAAGCAUCUGAACGUGUCCAAGAAGUUCCAUCAGGUCAGCAUCCUGCUGGGGAUCGAGCUGCUGCACCAAGUGAACUUCAGCAGGGAGGCCCUCCAGGAGCGCCGGGCCCGCUGCGAGACACAGAACAUUGACCCCGUGGUCUGGACCAACCAGCGGGUGCUCAAGUGGAUACGAGACAUCGACCUGAAGGAGUACGCCGACAACCUGACCAACAGUGGCGUCCACGGCGCUGUGCUGGUGCUGGAGCCCACGUUCAAUGCUGAGGCCAUGGCCACCGCCCUGGGCAUCCCCAGUGGGAAGCAUAUACUCCGGAGACACCUGGCAGAAGAGAUGAGUGUCAUCUUCCACCCAGCCAACUCCACAGGCAUCCGGGAAGCUGAGCGCUUCGGGACGCCCCCCGGACGGGCCUCCAGCGCCACCCGGGCGGGGAAGGAGGAGAGCGGAGGGCUCAAGUACAAGGCCGGCCGGCUGCCCCUAGGGAAGAUAGGAAGGGGCUUCAGCAGCAAAGAGCCCGACUUCCAUGAGGACUAUGGCUCUCUUCAAAAUGAAGACUGUGCUGAGGACGACCCCCAGGGCAGGCUGGAGCAGUGCCGUCUGGAAGGCUACAACAGCCUAGAGGUCACCAACGUAUAAGGAACCGGCAGGCCAGCAUGGAGAGGCCUGGGAGGGAGAGUAGCCGGGGCCCAGGUGCCAUCCCCACUGUACA